AUGGAUGCAGGACAGGGGCGUCCUACAUCAAGCGCGAAAGAAAAUUAUGAAGAUGAAAAUGUGAAAAAUGGGGGAGCAGCACCCCCAGCACAGCAAGGAGAGAGCAGAAUGAUGGCGACAGCGUCAACCCUGGCGGGUGAAAAUCCUGCCAUAGUGCAUGAACCUGGAACAGAUAGUAGGCUUCCAAUACAGGAGACUCUUGAGGGCGAGAUGCUAUAUCCACAACCAGCACAGAUUGCAACAGAUGGUAGGCCUCCAAUUCAAGAGAUUGGUGAGGGCGAGAUGUUCUAUCCACAACCAGCACAGAUUGGUUCUGACAUUUCCGGGUAUUAUUCAGUUGAUGUUCUUGAUUUAGAAGAAGAAUUGGAAGUACUUGAUAUCAUGGAUGAUGGCAACGGCCAGCCGGAGAUCUUGGUCAUGUCGGUUGAAACAUCUCUAGCCAUUGUGGCUGGACUUUGA